AUGAGUGGUAUCAUGAAUAAAUUCAAAUCGCCCAUGAGAUACUUUGAUGGCUAUUGGCAAUUUAACACAACGAUCUUAUCGCUGCGAAGCUUGCAAAAUAAGAAAGAGAACUGCGUCGUUGGCAAUUCGACUCAGGGAGGUAACUGGCUAAAUGAGGAGCGCGCAAACAUGCCUUUCCACCCCGACAGAGUGUACACUGUGGAGUUUGUACCUAAUUACGGCCAAAUCCAGGUUCUUCUCAACGGCUCACCUUUUACGACGUUCAAUGAGCGUCUGCCUAGCAGAGAUAUUAAUCUGGUUGAAAUUGGCGGUGACGUUCAUAUUCACUCCGCUCACUAUCUCUGA